UCUUCUCUCUCUCUCUCUCUCUCUUCUCCUUCUUCGCUCUUUCUCUGCGCUUGUGCUUCAGGAUGUCGCGCGACCCACCCGUGCAGCGCUUCAAGGAGGGCAUCAUCAUGCUCGGCAGCGAGCCCCGUAUCAACACUGCCAAGUGGAGCCGCAAGUACGCCGUCGCCGAUGAGCAUGGAUUCGCGGUCUAUAGCCCGAGCAAGAUGCCGCCAGCAAAGCCGCAGCUCCGGUUUGACUACAUUGGCUUUUUCGACUUGAGUGACGAAUUCUUGCAGUUUGAAACGACCGAAGGAGAGUCGUACAUUUUCCAAGCAGACUCGAGCUUGCCAGAGCACGAGCGCGAGAUGGAGCUCGCCGCUUGGCAUGUAGUCAUUUCCAUGUGGCGCGUCAAUGUCAUGUCAUCGUUCGUCCUUGCCGACGCGCCACUCGCAAAGGUCCAUCGCAUCGGCUGGGCAUUCCUGGCCAUCCCAUCCAAGCACGCCCAGUUCUAUGUCUUUGUUGCGAUUCAAGGCGACACGAUUGAUAUUUACAAGCAAGCUCCCGUCAAGAAGGAGCGAAAGCCGUGGCGAUCGUUCAAGGCGAUGCAGUGCCAGUGGAACUGGAACGAGAGCGCUGCCGAGAUCGUGCCACUCUCCGAUCCCAUCGUCUACCAAUUCACGUUCGGUCGAAUGGUCGAGACUACGCUGUGGAAGGAGUCAUCCAUUGCAGCAAUGAGCAUCGAUCCAAAGGCUGCACUCACUGUCAAGGGCAAAUUCCACGGCGACAAAGUUAUGUUGUCCAUCGCCUUGGCAACCGGCGUCACGUUGACUCAUAUUGAGUCGAACGUAGUCGUCUGGCAACGCGACUUCCCGUUCAUCCGGCAGGUUAGCGUGGAAGGCACAACUCUGUUGCUUUCCGUGAAGCCUGCUAUUCAUGGAGUCAACCAAGAGGAAGCCCCGGGUGCCCGUGAAGACUGCCGUUUGCAGUUCAAAACAACUGGCGACCCACUACACGCCAAGAUGAUGCUCAUGAACAUUGGCCAUUUGCUCUUCAUGCGUCACACACGGCUGCUCGAAUGGCUGUCUCAGUACAGCUGGUUCUUUGGCUCGAUGAAUCGCAUUGAUGCCGAGCGCAAAUUGCUUGUGGAGCAGAGUGCCAACUUUAUCGUGCGAGCAAGCGACCGCUGGCGGUUUGACUUCACGUUGACCUUCUUUGCCAAUGGACUCAUCCACCAUUUCCGAAUCGAAAACCGAUGGACCAACUUUGUCAUCCAAGGCCUCGUCUUUGAAAGCAUCUCCCAUCUGGUCAAUUUCUACUCUGUCAAUCCUUUGGUGUGCCGCAAUGGCACCAAGGUCAAGCUGGGUGCCGACAUUGACAGCACCUCGUCGACGCUGGCUCCAAGGCACGCUGGCGGCGUUCAACUCCGCAAUUUCGGGGAUUCCCGACGCGCAUGCGACCCCAAAGCGGCCGAACGGCUCGCCCAGACCGUGCGACAGCUGGAGGUCGAGGAAGACUCUGAGGAGGUCUUUGAGCCGUCGGCCAACGGCAUGAACACCAUUUCGCGACCCAACACGUACCGACACCAGACCAUCAUGCAAGACUCGUUCUUCUCCGCCCCCGGCGGCAUGCCCAUGAGCGCGGCGUCGCGUGCUGCCAUGCAAGGCAAUGCGUCGGUGAUGACUCCGCAGCCCACUGUCGGUCCUGCCGCAGGCGCUCGCUUGAACCAGAACAACGCUCGCAUGUCCGCCGCGGGCCGUCCGGCUGCGUCGCCCUACCCGUUCGCACAACCAGGACAGCUGCCGUACCCGCAGCCCGGUCUCCUACCAGGCCAGCAACCGCUUCUCCCGGGCCAACAGCCACACUUUGCUCCGGCUGGUCACAAUCCCUACCCGCAAAACGGCGGACACGUGCCCUAUGUUCCAAACAGUCGGCCGGCGUACCCGUUGCCGCAAGGCGGCCACAUGCCGUACCCAUUGCUUCCGGGCCAGGAUCCGAACAAGUUUGGCAUUUCCACGCCACCAGGCGAGCAGCACGACCCCCCGCUGUACGAGGAGACUGCAACCCUGUAUGAGCAUUACGAGACAGUGUCUGGGGGCGCGCCUCCAGCGUACCAGCCAGCGGCGCCAGUUCGUGCUGCCGCGAACAUUCCGGAGCGCUCGGGUUCGAGCGGUUCUGUUUCUGGCCGACCACGAGCCGCGCUCCGGCGGUCGAGCCAAUCAGAGCAGCCACCCGCCUCAAUCCCGCGCAGUGGCAGUGCCAGCCGUGAUACUGAUCUGGCUGCUCUGCUGCCCGUGCUUCGUACCCAGGAAGGUGUUUCGCGUGCCAAUGACAGCGAUGACGCGCUCGGAACUGUGGCCGUCUUCAAAACCACUCGCGCCUCGUCUUCGCGACCACGCACACCAUCGCCCGUGUUUGGGGAUCACUCGGAGCCGUUGGAUGAUGAUGGCUCUCACAUUUACGACAAUGCAGACGCGCGCGGCCGGCUCACCAAUGCCGUCAUGCAGCCCAUGCCGACGGCAUCCAUCUAUGAUGCCGUCCAUCAACCCGAUUUACCCAUGCUGCCGCCCACCGUGAUGGCAGCUCCGGAGCGCACGUCCUCCUUGAGAUACUCUGUAGCGGCCGGCGCCGCGGAUGUGACCCAGGCCUUUGCCUUCCUGGAUACCGUCGAACAGGAAUCCUCCAGCGAGGAAUCAGAUGACAACGACGACGACGACGACGACGACGACAUGCUGGACGACGGCGCAUUGAGUAGCCAUUCGAUGGAUGAUGACGAUCGACCACCGUACAGCGCCUCGCCUCCUGCCAUCCCCCAGCCCUUGCCCCAGCAAUCCGAGACGUCGCCGCGCGAAGCAGUAGUGGCUCCGACCAUACCGAUGGCGCCGCCGAUUCUUGGUCCUCCUCCUUCCUGCCCGGCUCCGCCCCCGCCAGUUGCCAUUGCUCCGCCGGUUGCGAUUGCUCCGCCAGCCGCCAUUGCACCGCCAGCUGCCAUUGCACCGCCAGCCAGCCAAGACCAAGCUCCUGCGGUGGUGGCAUCCGCGCCUGCAGACUCGAAUGGGGCUGAAGCCGAUGUCACUGUGAUUCCUGUUGCCCAGCUGCGGUUUGGAAAGCAGCUCGGUAAAGGAAACUUUGGCACCGUGAUGGAGGCCAUCUGGCGUGGUCCGAUCGGCAAAAACCGGCUCGUUGCGGUCAAGACGCUCAACAAGGAGGAAAUGCCAACCGACACAACCGAAACCCUCGAAUCGCGCAUUGAGGCGUUUUCGAGUGAGACAUCCUUCAUGGCGCAGCUGUGCCACGAGCACAUUGUCCGGCUGCUUGGCGUGUGCAUUGAGGGCGAUGCCAUGAUGAUGAUCACCGAGCACAUGCAACUGGGCUCGCUCAAAGAGUAUCUCAUCAACAACUUUAAGAAUGGCGUGGAGCUCACUGUCGGCGAGCGUCUGCGCUUUGCCACUCAGGUCGCGCAGGGCAUGGAGUAUUUGGAAGCCAGCCGCUUUGUGCAUCGCGAUCUUGCGGCUCGCAACGUGCUCAUGUCGUCUCCACAACUUGUCAAGAUCACGGACUUUGGCAUGUCCAAGAUGCUCGACGAAGGCGAUGAUACCUAUAUCGCUGCCAAAGGCGGCCAAUGGCCUGUGCGCUGGACUGCCCCCGAAGGCUUGUAUUACAAGACCUUCACCUCAAAGUCGGACGUGUGGAGCUAUGGUGUCACCGUUUGGGAAAUCAUGACCAAUGGCGAACAACCUUGGCCAAAGUUCACGCCGCAAGAGCUGUGCGAUGCAUUGGAAGCCGGAGAACGCCUAGCUCGUCCGCUCGACUGCCCCGCGGAUUUGUAUUCUUUGUUACUGACCUGCUGGGAUCUCGAGCCCGAGCAACGCCCCAACUUCCAAAAGAUUCGCAUCGUGACCCAAAGCAUGGCAGCUCAGUAUGACGACGAAGACUGAGUGGCAACAUGUGGUGCUUUCUUUUGAUUAUUAUUAUUUUUAUUUCGGUCGGUUUUGUUUGUUUGUUUGUUUGUUUGUGUGUUUGUUUGUUUGUUUGUUUGUUUGCAUGCGCUGUUGUUUCGUGUUUGCGAUUUUAUUUUGCUGUCUGAUGAUUUGAAUGACACCAUUUGUUCAACAUUCAAGUUGAUUGGCGA